AAAUGUUUGAUAUAUUAACAAAUGUUGACAAAUGUUGACAAAUGGUCACAAUUGGACACAAAUUGAGUUACAAUUGCAAAUACAAUUGAAUUAAUGUUAUAUUAUUAUUGAUUCUCUUAACAGAACUUUAUUUACAAUUAUUACAAAUAUUGACAAAUAUUAAUCAUUAAUUACCGCAAAGCGAGACAUGAAAGCCGUAGUGAUCCCUAUAAUUUCAAUCACGUGACUAUACAGCAGUUAUAAAGAGAUUAAUAACUUGAAUAAGACUUGAAGUUAUCAUUAGUUAAGAUAAUCACCAAUUGAUCCAAAUUUAGUGAUUAAUAUCUUUUGAUCACUGAAUUCACUGAAAUCACUUUAGCCAUGAAUUCAAGUGAAUCACAAUUAGUAGAGUUAUGUUCAUUGCUUUACCCGAAACAGUGUUGUCAUGAAGUGUUGACCGACUUGUUGUUCACCAAACAAUGUAUUAGUGUCUUAGUGUCCAAGAGUUUAGGUUACGGUAUAAUUGCCGGAUCAACACUCGUAAAGUUACCACAAUUUUUGAAGAUAUGGAGUGCCAGAAGUGGUGAAGGGAUCAGUUUGAUUGGUGUUGUAUUGGAGUUGUUGGCCAUGACUUUUUCGGCCUCCUAUGCCUUCGCUAAUAACUUUCCAUUCAGUGCUUGGGGUGAAUGUCUAUUCCUAAUGUUGGUCACCACUGGCAUCGCAUAUCUUGUACUUAAAUACCAACAAAAUCUGGUCAAAGCCUUUACAUUUGUGACGAUUUAUAUGGGUUUAACAUAUGUUCUUAUGAGUGGAUUAACUCCACUAUCGAUUUUAUGGUCACUACAAGCGGCAAACCUCCCGCUGGCCAUUUCGGGCAAAAUGUUUCAGGCGUUUAUCAAUUAUAGUAACGGAAACACUGGACAGUUGUCUGCCAUAUCUGCGACACUUCUAUUCUUGGGUUCAUUCGCUCGAAUAUUUACUUCAAUACAAGAAACUGGCGAUCAAUUAGUGGUCAUAACCUUUACGGUCGCAUCGAUUGCAAACUUUAUACUAUUGACACAAAUAAUCUAUUAUUGGAACAAAACAAACGAAUUCAUCCAAAGGAAGACUUUAGAGAAAAAGAAGAUUUAGAUAUAAUAUGUAAACAAAUAUUUUUGUCAUAUUAUAAGUUAUUUCAUAGUUAUAUAAUUUAUUACAUUAUAUUUACCGG